AUGCGCCCCUCGAUCGAGGAAUAUGUCCUCUCAUGUCCGGACUGCCAGCAGCAAAGGCCGCGAAACACGCUCAAACCCGGAUUCCUGCACAGCCUGCCUAUUCCCGAUAGGAUCUGGACGGAUAUCUCCGUGGAUUUCAUAGUGGGCUUACCACCCGUCAGAGGCCAUGAUAGUAUAUAUGUCGUGGUGGAUCGUCUCAGCAAGUACGCUCACUUUAUUCCCUGCUCGAGCACGGUCACAGCGGAAGGAGUGGCCCAACUAUUCAUCAAUCAUGUGUGGAAGCUCCAUGGCCUCCCAAAAAGCAUCAUUACCGACAGGGAUCCGAAGUUCGUUAGCGCCAUCUGGCGCAGCCUCAUGCAACAGCUCGGCAUUGACCACAACAUGACCACCGCCAACCAUCAGGAGGCCGACGGCCAGACCGAACGGAAUAACCCCACGCUGGUGCAGUCUUUGCGGCUUUACACCCAACAGAACACAUCUAGCUGGCUUGACUUUCUUGCUUGUGCAGAAUGGGUUUAUAACACUACUGUGCAUUCUUCCACACGCUGCUCCCCGGCGUCCCUUGUCUACACCGAAACUCCACUCGCCGAUCCGCCGCUCGACCUAGCGGUUGGAAGCCAGCUCCGGCCGACUGUGGCUUCCGACUUCGGCACACAGCUUGCAGCAGCGAGGGAAUGCAUGCGCAAAGCACAGGAACGUCAGGCCAGAAACUAUGAUAAACGACGUUCCGCAGUCAGUUUCAACCCGGGCGACUUGGUUCUGGUGGAUUCGCACGCCCUCCGUAGCACGCAGGAGGGCGAGCAACCCAAAACGUUGCACGAUGGGUUGGACCGUUUGCGGUGGCGGGAGGGCGCUGCCGACCAGCAGUACCUUGCCCAGUGGGGCUGGGCACCACCUUUGGGGCUUUGCUGGGACUUUCUCGGGCGCCUAGUCGGCGGCGACCCGGCGCAGCGGGACGCGGCGGUCACAACUGCAUUGGUGCUGGAUGACUUGCAAUCCAGCAUCCAGACACCUGAAAGCAGCCCUUUUCUCAUUUUAUUAGCCCAGAGGAGCGGCGUCAGGCCAGCUUAUUCAGGUGGUGCCGAGGCACCAUCGCAGCAGCGAGGCGGCCGCCGCAUCAUGACUCGCCGUUUGAGAACAGGCACCGGUGUGGAGAACAGCAGCGGCAGCAGCAGCGGCAGCAGCAGUAGCAACAGCAGCAAUCCAUCACGUCCAGCAUGA